ACAUUUUAGAAUUCCACUGGAAUGACCAAAGCACCCCUCAUAUUUAUAGAAAAGGAUAUUUCUCUCUUCCUCUUCGAUCUUCGAUUUCCUUUCCUCCCCAAUCUCGUACGCUCUCGCAACAACCAGAAGAGGAAGACCAAGGCAGCCCCCUGUAGCAAUGCCCCACGUACUCCUCCACCACCACCUCCCGAUCACAACCGUCCAUCUCAAACCAUGUUCUUUCCCCACCCCAAAACCAACGGCCCAUAUUCACCUACGCACCAACCCCACAACAGGCGCAACCAUAAAGUGCAUGGCCAAUCCAAGGAGAGUUAAAAUGGUAGCGAAACAGAUAAGGAGGGAGCUUUCCGACAUGCUCUUAACAGACAAAGUGUUGCAAUACGCUGUCUUGCCUGAAGCCGCCUUGGGAGCCGACCGUUACCUCUCUUCUCUUACUACCAUAAGUGAUGUUGAAGUUUCAACUGAUUUACAGGUUGUUAAAGUAUAUGUGUCUGUUUUUGGUGACGAGAGAGGGAAGGAGAUUGCACUUGCUGGGUUGAAGUCAAAAUCGAAAUACGUUAGAAGUGAGCUGGGGAAGCGUAUGAAGUUGCGGCUUACUCCCGAGAUACGCUUUAUUGAAGAUGAAUCUCUGGAGAGAGGAAGCAGGGUGAUUGCAAUAUUAGAUAAAAUAAAGGCUGAGAAAAAGCUUGCAACAGAUGAAGAUGAAGAAGAAUUUGAAUCAUCUGAUUCACCUCAAGAGGACAGAGAUUGGGAGGGUGAUGACCCUGAUGAAGAAGAUAUUAUUUACGUAAAGUAAUUGCCUUCUCAGUUACUCGCAUUUCCUGAGGGCAGAAUGAAGUUGUUGUUGUAACAAUUUCACAGGUUUGUUUCUCCUUGUGGAUUUAGUUUUGCGCAAUGGUGCUUGAGGCUGAUUUCUUGCUUGAACCCAAGCUCUCUGGAUUUUUAAUAAAUAAGUGAGAGGGUAUAUAAUUAAAAAAAAAAUUAUGACUGGAAGGUCCAUAACAAUUCACCUCAUUUUGGUUAAAACUGGUAGGUCAUAAUAGGAUUUUGAUAACUUCAUCCUUGUUGCGUGGAAACUCAGAAACUUUAUAGUGCUCAUACUUGAGAAAUGGUGGGUCAUAAUAGGAUUUUGAAAACCUCAUCCCAUUGAUAUGGAGAUUGGUAGUUUUAGGUCUACAACAUAUUUUGGUUUCUGAUAUAGGUUUCUUGAUGGUUUAGGAAAGACAUCAAUAAGAUGACUAGACUCAUCUCUAAACGGCCGCAUGUACAAUGAGAUUGUAUGAUACUUUCCAUUCAACAGCAUAUAGCUAGGGCAUGUUUUUCCAUUUUGCAUAAAUACUUUACUGUUAGUUUAUGAAAGAGUACUUAUUGAAGCAUU